AUGGCCACAUCUGUGUUGAUAGUCUGCCUUGGGAACAUCUGCCGUUCUCCCAUGGGCGAAGCUGUUCUAAGACAUACAGCUCAGGAGCGAGGAAUUGAGAUGGUUGUCGACAGUGCAGGAACAGCCGCAUACCAUGUCGGAGAAGAUCCAGAUGAUAGAACAGUUGAGGUGUGCAGAAGACACAAAGUUCCAAUAGAGCACUCAGCUCGUCAAGUCGUACAGAAAGACUUCAGUGAAUUCGAUUAUAUCCUGGCGGCCGACGAGUCAAAUCUCUACAACUUGCAGAGGAAAGCUCCAAAGGGUUGUAAAGCACAGGUCCGUUUAUGGGGUUCCUACCUAGAUGACAAGCCCAUUGCAGAUCCCUAUUAUGGCGGACUGCACGGUUUUGAGCAAGUGUUUCGACAAUGUCGUGACCUUUCGAAUGCGUUCUUAGAUGCUAUCACCGAGAAGAAGUCGGAAUCGUCGUAG